AUGGCCCGUCACCAAGUUGCCCCUAACGUGGCUCGCCUCGGCCGCACUAAGGCCUUCCAGAAGAAGGGUGGCUACAAGUUCACCCAGCGCCAGGGUGCCCCCAAGAAGCAGGAGGAGACUCCCGCCCACAAGGAGGUCGCCGUCAAGGGUGCCAAGAACGGUGGCAAGCGCCUCGUCCCCACCCAGAAGGCUCCCCGCUUCUACCCCGCCGAGGAGGCCCGUAUCCCCAAGGCCAACCGCAAGGUCAACAAGCAGACCAAGCUCAAGUCCAACAUCGCCCCUGGUUCCGUCCUCAUCCUCCUCGCUGGCCGCUUCCGUGGCAAGCGCGUUGUCUUCCUUAAGCAGCUCGAAUCUGGUCUUCUGCUCGUCACCGGCCCCUUCAAGGUCAACGGUGUCCCCAUCCGACGUGUCAACCAGGCCUACGUGAUUGCCACCUCGACCAAGAUCGACAUCUCGGACGUCAAGGUCGACGAGAAGAUCAACGACUCGUACUUCAAGAAGGACAAGGCUGCCAAGGUCAAGCCCGAGGCUGCCUUCUUCGCUGACCCCGCCAACAAGCAGGCUCACCCCGAGUCCAAGGUCGCCGACCAGAAGGCUCUUGACAAGGCCAUCAUCGCCGCUGUCAAGAAGGCUGGACCCACCAUGGCCAAGUACCUUGCUGCCACCUUCUCGCUCUCCAAGGGUGAGAAGCCCCACGCUCUCAAGUUCUAA